AACUACUGAUCAUAAACUUUUCCUAAAAAAACCAAAAAUUUUCUCGGGCUCGGAGAAGGUAAAGAAAGGAAAACGCCGAAAUCCACGCUGACAUGCGCCGUACUCCCGACGAUUGUAAUUUGUAAUAAAAGGAGAUUGAGGUUCAGAAUUUGCAUUACCGUGCGCCACGCACCCCCACCACCACCAUCUCGUCAGUCGUCCCCGUUCAUCCGCACCAGAACUCAGAUUCAUCUGGAACUUUGGAAAAGACAAAGCCUUCUUUGGCCUUCAACGAGAAACUGACUGUUUCCCUUCUCCUCUUCCUCCUCUAACCCCUAUUCCCCCUUGCCGCUGCUGCAAGUCUGCGAAAGAAACUACUUUAGUUCCCGUCAUCCGAUCACCAUGAACGGCGAGCCAUCGGCUAUUCCGUUGCCGUUGUGACAAUGGUGGAUCUGAAUCCGUGGAUAGUCGCGCCUUUGCUGGUUGCCGUUGCUACCUGCCAUGGUGUCGCCGACUCGCCGGCCAUUGCUACAAAGCUAUGAAUCUGAGGUUCUGAACUGCAAAUAGAAAAAACUUUCUGAUUUUCUUAUCUUAAUCGAUGGAACAGCUUGUCAACUUCAUCAUUCGCCCUCCGAGGGAAUGAGAGAUAGUUCAACAACAACAGCAUAACAAUGGACGUCAAAUUAGCACUACCAGACUCUUACAGAUUAAAUGCAUCCAUUUGUAAUGGAUAUAAAAUCUCAAAAGUAGCUUUUGCUUUUUCUUUGCUCUUUGUAGAUGCCCUUCUUGUAGCUCUUAUCAUUGCCUAUGUCCCAUAUACAAAGAUAGAUUGGGAUGCUUAUUUGUCACAGGUUAGUGGGUUUCUUGAAGGAGAAAGAGAUUACCAGAACUUGAAGGGGGAUACAGGGCCUCUGGUUUAUCCAGCUGGUUUUCUCUAUGUGUACUCUGCCAUUCAGUUCGUUACUGGGGGGGAUGUCUACCCAGCACAGAUUCUCUUUGGUGUUCUCUACAUUGUUAAUUUGGGUAUUAUCUUAUUCAUAUAUAUGAAGACUGGUGUGCUUCCGUGCUGGGCUUUUUCCUUGCUCUGUUUGUCUAAAAGAGUCCACUCCAUUUUUGUGCUCCGGCUCUUCAAUGAUUGUUUUGCCAUGACCUUCCUUCAUGCUUCAUUGGCAUUAAUUCUUUACGAGAGAUGGCAUUUGGGGUUGAUGGUAUUCAGUGCAGCUGUUUCAAUAAAGAUGAAUGUGCUUCUUUACGCACCACCUCUAUUACUCCUCAUGCUAAAGGCUAUGAGUAUUUGCAGGGUGAUAAUGGCCUUGGCAGGUGCAGCGUUGGUUCAGAUUUUGUUGGGGUUGCCAUUUUUAUUAUCACAUCCAGUAGCAUAUAUCUCUAGAGCAUUCAAUCUUGGUCGUGUCUUCAUCCACUUCUGGUCUGUGAACUUCAAAUUCAUCCCUGAAUCAAUCUUUAUAUCAAAGGAGUUUGCGUUUUCCUUGCUGGUUGUUCAUCUUCUACUACUUACAGCAUUUGCUCAUUUUAGGUGGUGCAAGCAUGAGGGUGGACUUAUCCGUUUUUUGCGCUCUAGACUUGUCUCUAUGCCUCUAAGAAUUGCUACUUCCAAUCUUCUCACUAAUGAACAUAUUGCAACUACUAUGUUCGUUGGUAACUUCAUUGGAAUUGUAUGUGCCAGAUCAUUGCAUUAUCAAUUUUAUUCAUGGUACUUCUACAGCUUGCCUUUUUUACUGUGGAAAACAAAAUUUUCUACUCCACUACGGCUCAUUUUGUUCUUAGGCGUAGAGCUUUGCUGGAACAUAUAUCCUUCAAAUUUCUACUCUUCUUUUGUUCUGUUCUGCAUCCAUUUAACCAUACUGUGGGGUCUCUGGACCGCACCAAGUGAAUACCCCUAUUUGAAGAUCAAAUCAUCAAUUCAAAGAAAGGAGGAAUAAGAUUCAACUUGGAACCAUGUACGGGAGAAAGCAGCUCAAGAUGCUUUUUUGAGAAGUUGAAGCAGUGUUCUUUUCAUGACUCUCUUGUUAUUCUGCCCCUUGUAUAUUGAUAUUCUCCUUAUGUGCAACUAAUUUAUUGUUUUCUUGGGUAAGUCACCAACUAAUUUAAUGAUUAAAGUUUAAUUGCAUUGUCCGGUUGAUUGUGAAUGUUGAGUCAUCUUAUUUUAUAUAAUGGGUUCGACUAUAAAAGGUGACCAAUCAGGUGGUGUUCAUCAAAUUUAUGGUUGUUUUGAUGGGUCAAAUCUCUUCCGGUAUAAUAAAUUUUUCCAUUAUAUACAA